GGUGGUCUUUUUAAGUUGCUGCAGUGCAAUGAAAAUGCUUACAUUUACAUUUUGAAAUGAUGAUGAUGAUGAUGAUGAUGGAAGUGGGGAAGACCGUCGAGCGAACGCGUGCGCGCGCGCGCGUGUGUCUGGUUGUGGGCGGAGUCUCGUCCUCAAGUCUUCUCCAGUCCGCUCCGACGGCGCUCAUUCGGACUCGGUACCAGCCAGCAGACCCCGUCCCGACCGGCAUCAUGGCAACCACCACGUGCACGCGCUUCACGGACGAGUACCAGCUGUACGAGGAGCUCGGCAAGGGAGCAUUUUCUGUGGUACGCCGCUGUGUCAAAGUGUGCACGGGCCAAGAGUACGCCGCCAAAAUCAUCAACACCAAGAAGCUGUCUGCCAGAGACCAUCAGAAGCUGGAGAGAGAGGCCAGGAUCUGCAGGCUGCUCAAACACUCCAACAUUGUUCGUCUCCAUGACAGCAUCUCUGAGGAGGGCUUCCACUACCUUCUCUUUGACCUGGUGACAGGAGGUGAGCUCUUUGAGGACAUUGUAGCCAGAGAGUACUACAGCGAGGCGGACGCCAGUCAUUGCAUCCAGCAGAUCCUGGAGGCGGUGCUUCACUGCCAUCAGAUGGGUGUGGUCCACAGGGACCUCAAGCCUGAGAAUCUGCUGCUGGCCAGCAAGUGUAAAAAUGCGGCCGUAAAGCUGGCGGACUUUGGACUGGCCAUCGAGGUCCAAGGAGAGCAGCAAGCCUGGUUUGGAUUUGCAGGUACACCGGGUUAUUUGUCUCCAGAGGUGUUGAGGAAGGAAGCGUACGGAAAACCAGUAGACAUCUGGGCAUGCGGCGUGAUCCUCUACAUCCUCCUGGUGGGUUACCCUCCCUUCUGGGACGAAGACCAACACAAACUGUACCAGCAGAUCAAAGCUGGAGCAUAUGAUUUUCCCUCUCCUGAGUGGGACACGGUGACGCCUGAAGCGAAGAAUCUGAUCAACCAGAUGUUGACCAUCAACCCGGCCAAGAGAAUCACAGCACAGGAGGCCCUCAAGCACCCGUGGGUCUGCCAACGCUCCACCGUGGCCUCCAUGAUGCACAGACAGGAGACCGUCGAGUGUCUGAAGAAGUUUAACGCCAGGAGGAAACUCAAGGGCGCCAUCUUGACCACCAUGCUGGUGUCCAGGAACUUCUCUGUGGGACGUCAGACCACGGCACCGUCAGGCGUCAGUGGCGUGACAGGAAACCCCGCCGGCAUCGUGGAACAAGCCAAGAGCCUCCUCAACAAGAAGGCUGAUGUUAAGCAGAGCAACAGCAGCAGGAACAGCACAGUCAGCAGUCCUAAGGUCAACGUGUCGUCUGCUGCACUGGAGCCUCAGACUACUGUUAUCCAUAAUCCCAUAGAUGGCAUCAAGGAAUCAUCAGACAGCAGCAACACAACCAUCGAGGAUGAAGAUGUAAAAGCCCGCAAGCAGGAAAUCAUCAAGAUCACGGAGCAACUCAUCGAAGCUGUCAACAACGGCGACUUUGACGCCUACUCGAAGAUUUGUGACCCCGGCCUGACCUCCUUUGAGCCUGAGGGUCUGGGCAACCUGGUGGAGGGGAUGGACUUCCACCGUUUCUACUUUGACAACCUCCUGGCCAAGAACAGCAAACCCAUCCACACCACCAUCCUCAACCCGCACGUGCACAUGGUCGGAGACGACGGCGCCUGCAUCGCGUACAUCCGCCUCACGCAGUUUGUGGAUGCGCAGGGUCGCCCUCGCUCCAGCCAAUCGGAAGAGACCAGGGUGUGGCAACGUCGCGACAGUCGUUGGCAGAACGUCCACUUCCACUGCUCUGGAGCGCCGGCCGCCCCUCUGCAGGCCUGAGGGAUGUGCUGCUGACGACAACACAAGCAGACCGUCUGAGAGGCGGCGCCAGCGCAGAGAGGGUGGGUGGUGGGUGGUGGGUGGUGUGGUGUGGGGGUAUUGUCCCGUCCUUCACGACCACCUGACUUCCUCUCUCUCCACCAUGAGGACCACAGACACCACACACCACACACACACACCACAGACUUCCUCUCUCUCCACCAUGGGGACCACAGACUGAACUUCAAUGUCUCUCGCCCCUCCCCCGUCAAAAGAAGCCUCCAUUGUUGAUGUGUACUUGUGGCUGCAGCGUGUCGUGGUGCUCUUCUUCUUCUUCUUCUUCUUCUUCUACUACUAAUACUUCCUGUGACCAGCAUGGCUCCUCCUCCGACACGUGUGACAUCAUCUUGACACCUCCCCUCCGGCGUGUCGUUGCCCCGCCCGCUCGCAGCUCUCACAUGCAGCAUGCUAAAGUGGUAUGGCGCCGGUUGAUGGUGUCGGCUGUUGUGCGGUGAUGGCGUUUCAGUGCAUGAAGUCACGUCACGUGGGUGUCGUCCUCCUUUUUUCUCCCUUUGGACCAAACUGCUGCUUGCGCCUUUUUGUACUUUGUUUACUAGUUAGUAGUGUGCAAGGAUGCUAGGAUGCUGCUGAGGACACUAUGAAGGACACAACAUGACUCCUUUUUGGACUCCAACAAACAAGAUUGUAAUUCUCACAUAAUGUCAACAAACACUAACAAGUCCAUUUCCUUAUUUGUAUUUCAUCAUAUUUUUGGUUAUGUCUUAAUUAGUGCACUUCUGUACUUACACUUACACUUAAGUACUUAUAUUUAGUCUUUGGAGUACAUAAGUGUGUCACACUUGUGUACUUACACUUAGUUUUUGAAGUACAUAAGUGUGUCACGCUUGUGUACUUACACUUAGUCUUUUAAGUACAUAAGUACAUUUAGUCUUUGGAGUACAUAAGUGUGUCACACUUGUGUACUUACACUUAGUUUUUGAAGUACAUAAGUGUGUCACGAUUGUGUACUUACACUUAGUCUUUUAAGUACAUAAGUGUGCCACACUUGUGUACUUACACUUAGUUUUUUAAGUCCAUAAGUACAUUUAGUCUUUGGAGUACAUAAGUGUGUCACACUUGUGUACUUACACUUAGUUUUUGAAGUACAUAAGUGUGUCACGAUUGUGUACUUACACUUAGUUUUUGAAGUACAUAAGUCUUUGGAGUACAUAAGUGUGGCACACUUGUGUACUUACACUUAGUCUUUUAAGUACAUAAGUGUGCCAUACUUGUGUACUUACACUUAGUUUUUGAAGUACAUAAGUGUGUCACACUUGUGUACUUACACUUAGUUUUUGAAGUACAUAAGUGUGUCACACUUGUGUACUUACACUUAGUCUUUUAAGUACAUAAGUGUGCCACACUUGUGUACUUACACUUAGUUUUUUAAGUGCAUAAGUACAUUUAGUCUUUGGAGUACACAAGUGUGUCACACUUGUGUACUUACACUUAGUUUCUGAAGUACAUAAGUGUGACACGCUUGUGUACUUACACUUAGUCUUUUAAGUACAUAGGUGUGUCACGCUUGUGUACUUACACUUAGUCUUUUAAGUACAUAAGUGUGCCACACUUGUGUACUUACACUUAGUUUUUUUUAAGUACAUAAGGGUUGUCACAUUGUGUACUUACACUUAGUUUUUGGAGUACAUAAGUGCUACACUUUUGAACCUUUACUUAGUUUUUGGAGUAUAUAAGUGUGUCACACUUGUGUACUUACACUUAGUCUUUGGAGUACAUACGCGUGUCAUUAAUCCUUUAAGUAAUAAGUGUGUCACACUUGUGUACUUACACUUAGUCUUUGAAGUACAUUAGUGUGUCACACUUUUGUACUUGCACUUAGUAUUUUAAGUACAUAAGUGUGUCACACUUUACACUUAGUCUUUGGAGUGCAUAAAUGUGUCACACUUGUGUACUCACACAUAAUCUUUUGAGUACAUAAGUGUGUCACAUUGUGUACUUACACUUAGUUUUUGGAGUACAUAAGUGUGUC